UCCUCCUCCUCCUCUUCCUCUUGCGCUCCCUCUCUUCCAGCACACACUCACACUCUUUCCCUCCGAUGCCGACUGGAUGCAGACUGGGGGAUUUUCAGCAGCUUCCUGAGUCUGUCCUCCCUUCUCCUCUCCUCCUCCUCGCCUCUCCUCUCCUCCCUACCCUCCUUCUCCUCCUAGUCCUCCUCCUCCUCUUCCUCUGUCUCCGUCCUCCAAACAUCCGGAGCAUCUCCUCUUCUGCCUCCUGUCUUCUCUUGCUCCUCACCACCAGGAUGUGGCACUCGGUGGCUCUCCUCCUCUCUGGAUUCUUUGCUCUGAUCCACGGUGAGCCUUGUCAGUUGCAGGGUCCUCACCAGAGGAACCUGCUGAAGAACCUCCUCAAAGACUACAACCGGAUGGAGCGGCCAGUGGGAAACGACUCCCACCCUCUCACCGUUGUCUUUUCUCUCACUUUGAUACAGAUCAUGGAUGUGGAUGAGAAGAACCAGGUCUUAACCUCUAACAUGUGGCUACGGAUGAGUUGGUUCGACCACUAUCUCCAGUGGAACCAGAGCGAACAUCCGGGAGUUAAAAACCUCCGCUUCACCACAGAUCAGAUCUGGACCCCGGACAUCCUUCUCUACAACAGUGCAGAUGACGACUUUGACUCCACCUUUAAGACCAAUAUUCUGGUAAACUCCAGUGGCUACGCCGAGUAUCUGCCUCCAGGAAUCUUUAUGAGCACAUGCAACGUGGAUGUACGCUGGUUUCCCUUUGACAUCCAGAAAUGCGAGCUGAAGUUCGGCUCUUGGACAUACGACGGCUGGCUGCUGGACCUUCAAAUGAACGAUGCUGACACUUCAAGCUACAUGCCCAAUGGAGAGUGGGACUUGAUAGGAGUUCCUGGCACCAGAAAUGAGGCCUUCUACGAUUGCUGUAAGGAGCCCUACCCGGAUGUGACAUUUGUCAUAACAAUACGGCGGCGAACGCUCUACUACGCCCUGAACCUGCUCAUCCCCUGCGUGCUGUUGUCUUCUAUGACCCUGCUCAUCUUUGUGCUGCCAGCUGACUCCGGGGAGAAGAUCUCACUGGGUAUCACUGUCUUGCUGUCUCUCACUGUUUUCAUGUUGCUGGUCGCAGAGAUCAUGCCAGCCACGUCUGACUCCGUCCCUCUCAUAGGUCAGUACUUUGCCAGUAUAAUGAUCAUCGUUGGGAUGUCAGUUAUCGCCACUGUGGUGGUUCUGCAGUAUCAUCACCACGAUCCAAAUGGAGGGAACAUGCCGAAAUGGGUGCAGCUCGUCUUGCUACAGUGGGUUGCAUGGUUCUUGCGUAUGAAGCGACCGGGAGAGAAUGAUGACCCCGAGCGGCCCCCCUGUGCCCCCCAUCUGCGGCGCUGCUCCUCCGGCUCCCAGAGCGGGAGCAUUCCCAACCCUCCGGAUCCCACCCUCCAUCCACUGCACCCACAGAACCUGGCUCCUCUCCAAACAGGGCCCCUCCAUGCGGGACACCCACACCUCCACGCCCAGUCCAGUGCUAACAACAAUGGGAACCUUCUCUACAUGGGCUUCCAGAGCAUGGACGACCCCUCGAUGCUAUCAGAGCCCGUCCAGAGGAAUAACAUCUCGGCGGGGCCUCCGCGAGUAGCAGGAAGCCCGCCUCCACACCUGCCAGCGCAGUUCUGCAGCUCCCCACCACCUCCUACCCCUAAUAUGGAUACUGGCUGUCCCAGCACCGUCUCCAGUGGCGGGGGCUUUGGAGGUGGACCCGGUGGGCUUGGAGGGUGCUCGACUGCAGGGAUAGGAGACCCCCAGCUACAGGCCAUCCUGGAGGAGGUUCGCUACAUGGCAGACCGUUUCCGGGAGCAGGACGAGAGCGAGAGCAUGGCUGACCAGUGGAAAUUUGCAGGCGCUGUAAUCGACCGUCUCUGUCUGGUGGCGUUCAGCGUUUUCAAUAUCAUAUGCACCAUUUCUAUCCUCAUGUCUGCUCCCAACUUUGUGGAGGCUAUUUCAAAGGACUUUGUUUGAAAGGAAAGAGUAAAAAAGGGGAGGAGAAGCGUGAAGGAAUGGAUGAGAGGAAUUAAAUAUAGGAUGAAGGAUGGAAUGGGCCCCGAUCCAAGGAAACACAAUUUCCAGCGGACUGUAGGCUCUGUGAUUUGUGUGAUUGUGAGGAACUGGGAAAUAGAAAAAAAGAAAUGGUUUUCUUUGCAAUACAUUCUGUUUUGUAACUGAAAUAUAAGAAGAAAACAGAUGAGGAAGGGGAUACAGAGUGAAGUUAAAAUGAGAUUAGGGUGAGCAGGGUGCUUUAUCAGAUUCUUGACAAGGUGAAAUGGAUUGUGGUUAAUUCAAAGACUUUCCCCCCAAGAAUUACGGGAAAGAUGAGUCAGAAAGGGAAAGAGGAAGAGACGAUAUCAGUCCAGUGCAACCCCAAGUAAGCCGGCUCUUAAAGCAUGGAGGAGAUUGAGAGACUAAGAGGGGAAUAGAGACAGGCAGAUAGAUAGGGACAGAUAAAUAAGACAGACUUUGGCUGUUUUAUUUUCUCGAGGAGGGAAGACAGCCCUUCACUCCCACAUGUUGAGAGAGAACUGCAUCGUUUAAAGUGAUGUGAGGAGGGAGAGUGCGGGGAGAGGAGAGGAGAAAGAGUCUUUUACAAGGACGAACAACAAAGAGUGGUCCCGAAGAAACGAGACUUCUUCCCUUGCAACGCUGGCAGAGUUAAGGCGGUGUAAGGAAGUUUGAUGCUCUGAUAUACAAAAGUGGAUCGAAGAUCAAGAACGCGGCAGCAUAGAGGAACAGAAGAGGAUCUCAUUUAUUAUUCAAUCACAUCUGUCUAAUGACCGUCAAAUUGAAAGACCUUGGAUAAUCUUUAAGACUAAUAAGCUUUUAAAAGAUGAAGACCCCUCUCUGCUCGCAAACCACCUCAAAUUUCCAACGCCUUAUCUCUUUGAGCCGAUUGCCAAUCUGCAACAAUCAGCAGAGAUCAAAAGCUCCUCAGCAGCGGGCACGGUUUGCAGCUCUUAUCAUGACUGGGAAACUGAAUUAACUGGUCAUCAACAACAUAGUGGCCGGUGGCUGCACCAAAGCAGAGCCCUGAACCAAUAAUAACUCAUGAAGCAGUUACCUAAUUGUAUCUGGCAGGGUCCUAAUAGACCAACGGAUCUCACUGGAUUUCAUAUUAAAGCUUUAAUUCAGGCUGAAAUGGGAGUUCAGGUGCUUGAACUUGCAUGAGAGGACACAAACAGGGUUAAGAUUCAAAACCCCUAAAAUGAAUACGGAGAGGUGACAUCCCAUCAAGUUACUGUCAGAACCUUUUAGGGGUUUACAGCUUCAUGAGCGAUUCCACAUUUAUCUAAAAUAAGAGAUGAGAUUUUAAUAGACCUGUAUUUUCAUGAAAUUGACUCCAUUUAAUAAAGUGGUGAUUUAAAAGGUUUAAAUUCAAACUACGACCUUCAGCCAAAAGUCAUCUAAGGCUAUGUCUUAAAUUAGUUUGCCUUUGAGGGAAUUGAACUUUUUCUUCUACUUAGAGUCAGAGAGCCAUAAAUGUCUUUAUUGUGUCUCUGCUGACACUUUGAAUGAAUGAAUUAAAUGUUAUGAUUUUUCCAUGGAUGGCUGUCUGAUCUGACCACAGUACAAGUUGUAUUACAUAUAAGCAAUUUAGAAUUAACAGAGAAACUGCAUUAUAUCAAACUUCCUUCCAUCCAGUUUUUACCGUAUAGUGUUGUGAUACUUAAUGCACGAUAUGCCUCCAAACAUUCCCACAGCGGAAUAAUUUACAUGUAACAUCAGUGAAACAAUGCCACGAUGCAACACAUCAAAUUUUUUUAUAUAUACAUUACCAUUGUGUGAUUCUACAUCUAUUAUUACUGAGUGUCUAUUUCACAGAGAAUAGUGAAUGAGGGGGUGAUUACGUACACAGCCCAAGAUUACAGGACAAGGAUGAGUCACUGAAAAUAGCUCGAGGCAACAGAAAUCCAGCUGCAAGUCUACCUUUAACAACUUGUCUCUGCGCACUUCAGCACAGGUAAUUGCAUCAUUUCUCAGUGCUUUAUGUUGCCACAGUCUCUUCUUAUAAUAUUAGUUUACAUGUGGAUGCAGCCAUGGUACACAGCCACUGAUGAUAAUUAUAGAUAUGUCGAGAGAAAAAGUUGCAACUAUAGGAUUUUUCAGUAUUUGUGAAAACAGUGGUAGCAGUAUAAAUAGUCGUCGUUGUUUAUUGUGUCAUGCACCCAGCCUACGUAGCACACCCAGUUAUUUUUGUCGGAACGGGUGAAAACAAAUGUUUAGUAUUAAACCCCAGAUAAAGUGUGUUUUCCUGCACUUGAGUGGCUGAUACCUGCGAACUGAACAAGGUUAAAGCUCACUCUUCAAACAGUACAUUCAAACUGUAAGCAGAGACAUAAGGAAUUCAUUCCUCAUGUGGCCUGACCAGUUGGAGAAACUCCUCAAAAAACAAACAACACAACAGGAUAAAGCUGCGUUUUUUCUUUCUUUAAUAUUUUAUAAAAUGUCAACAAAUCCUAUGAAAAGACCUAAACCUACAUUACAUCUGUUUCUCAAUACUCCCCAAAGCAGUUGGACACUAGUUUUGACCAAACAUCACUCAAACAGGAACAAAUUGUGCAUUUGAUGGGGACUAUUUUCAGCUGCAGAUUGAAAAACAUUUGGUGCUGUAGUGUUUCCAGCAGCGGGAUAUGUAUGUGGGAUUGACUCUAAAUACAGUGCCCAUUUUUAUUGUGAUGAAAGAACAUUUCACCCAGGGCAACAAUGUGACUCAGUGAUGUGUUUUUAAUAGUUUUAGAAAACAAUGGGGCUCUAUGACACACUGGAAAAAGAUACAUCAGACUUUUGCUGCACAGACAAUACUUGUUUAUGGGAUAAAUGCCUUGUUAGUUUUGGUAUUUUCAUGGGCUUUGAUGACAAUAAGAAAAACAAAGCAGCCUUAUCCUUUAAAAUAUCCAUUAACAUUUGCUUUUACGCAAAGAUCCAGCAGGACAAAAUAUGUUUACUACAUUCCUGACCUACACUGUCUGUCUCUGAUGGCUAUAGACAUACAUUCACUGUGAACUGCAACACAGAGUGUAGAGAUAGUUGUAUAAAUACCUUAUCUCUACACCAGCCCUUCAUCUACUGUCUCCUCUUUCUUCCUCUCUAAAGUCUCCUGACAGACGGAAAGUAAACUUCCUGCCGGGCGGGUUUGCAGAAGGAUGUUCUCCUUCCAGCACAUACUGACACCUGAACACUCACAUCUGUACAGAGUAUUUCUCAUUCUGAAAAUAAAAGAUUCUCUCUCUC